UAUCCCUGUGUCAUGGCUCCGGUCUCUUAGCAACGGCGCCAGUCCGGCCGCCCCUAGCCGCCGCCGCCGCCGCCGCGGGCUCAACUCCACCCGGCGGAGCCCAGCGCGCCGCAGCCUCACAACAGAGGCUCAAGGACCGGGGACCGCUCGGCCGCAAGCGCCCGCCCGAGAGCGACACGGGGAGGGGUACGGGGCGCAGGAGUAGGAGGAGCGGCGCGGGAGAGGAGGGCUCCGAAGCAGGAUGCGGGAUGCGGAGGACCUGACACUUCUUGGAAACUCUUGGAAAUGGCUCCCGCCACUGCGCCGGAGGGGGCUGCGAGCCCGGGGCGGACGAUCGCCCCCGCGGGGCUGCUGAGCCGCGCUCGCACUGAGCCCGUGCAGCCGUCCCCGCGCUCCGCCGUCGGCUCGGGCUGAAAAAGUUUCUCCAUGGUUCCUUUGUGUCGCCCGAGCGCCCGCUGGCCAGCCGCGAGCUCCCCCGCGCUCCCUGGCAGAAGGAGGCGGCAGAGGAACAGUUAGUGGGCAGCUGGCAUCCCCCGACCCUGCAGAAGUCUGUGCCCCAGGCCUAGCGCUACACUCCACACCUGUCCGCCAUGAUCGCCACUGGUGGCCUCCUGAGGAUUUCGGCCAGAAAGCAGGAUCCCCUGCGCCCCCCAAGCCAGGUCCCCAAGCGCAAGAGGAAAGCCAAGAAGCGCCGCAAGAAUGACGUGGUGGUGGUGAAAGGCAAGCUCAAACUCUGCUCCAUCUCCGGGCUCAUCGCCCUCUGUGGGAUCCUGGUGCUGCUGGUGGGCAUAGCCAUGGCGGUGGUGGGCUACUGGCCCAAGGCCAAUGGGGCCAGUAAGGAAGGUAAUAAACCGCUACCGCCCGCGGGCAGCGGCCACCGAGUCCACGCCAUGGUCAACAGCAGCAACGGCGGCCCAGAGCGGCCUGGGAGCGUUCACCCAGGGAUUGCAGGCGAAGUCAACUCCAGUUCCGUGGGUGCACCCAGGUCCACGCCUCCAGCGCGAUCAGCAGCACCAUCACCUUCCUCCUCCAAGUCGGCAGGGUUCUUCUUCCGCAUCUUCUCCGGUUACCUGCACUCGGACAAGCUCAAGGUCUUUGGACCCCUCAUCAUGGGCAUCGGUAUAUUCCUCUUCAUUUGCGCCAACGCCGUGCUCCACGAGAACCGGGACAAAAAGACCAAGAUCAUCAACCUGAGGGACCUCUACUCCACCGUCAUCGAUGUGCACAGCCUGCGCGCCAAGGACUUGGCCGCAGCCGCCGCCGCCGCCGCUGCAGCUGCUGCCUCCUCCUCGUCCGCCCCCGCAGCGGCGCCCUCCGGGGCUCCGCCGCUCAACGGCUUCCUCAGUUACGUGCAGUCGCGGGGCCUGGAGCUGAAACCCGGGAGCUGUAGUGGUGCCGGGGACGCCUUCGGGGCGGCCGCGAUGCUGAGCAGGGGCUCCUGGCCCCACCCCACAGCGCUGGGCGGGAGUGGCGGCGGCGGGGCCAGAGGCUCAGCAUCUCCUCCCGACCUGGCUUCAUCCCCGCGUGGCCCGCGGGAGCCCCCGGGCCUGGCCGAGGCGGUGUACAGCAUAUACCGCGAGCGCUCCAGCGUGGCCGCCCGGCGCCGGGCCGCCGCCAGCCGCAGCAGCAGCCCGGCGCGCUGCAGCCCACCCGAGAGCUGGGGGCGCCAGAGUACCACCAGUUCCAUCGUGGGCUCCUCGCUGAGCGCCUUUGCGCUGGUGCCCUUGCAAGGGGACCACAACAGGGACGGGGAUACGGAGGGCACGAGCUGCAGCUGGCCGAGGCCGCCCGGGGAACGCGGCUCCCGAGAGAUCCCGCAGGGCGAGCUUGACUUGAGUUUGAGCGACCUCCGUGGUGCGGAGGGCGGCGCGCACUGGGCGCAUGGAGAGCCGGAGGAGCCUGAGGGCGCGGCAGCGGCGCGCACCGCCAGGGGUCAGGGCAGGCGCUUGCCCAGGACCGGCAGGUAUGCGGCCCUGCGACGCCGCAGCACCAGCGGGCUCCCGGACUACCGGGCACCGCCGUCGCCCGAGCCUCCGCCCUCCCCGCGCGGCCCCGACCCAGACUCCAGCCUCCCAGGCCCAGCCACUCCAUCCCCAUCCUCGCUGCGGCGGGAGGACUCGCCCCCUGCAAGGCGGGACUCGCAGAGCUCACAAUCCGAUGACCCAUCCAGCAGCAAUAAGGGCUACACCCCGCUGCGGGAGACUGGCACCUCCUUGGAGUCCGUGGUGGACGUAGUAACCAGUGAAAGGCAAGGUUGUGAGGUCACCGCCACAGCUGCGGAGCAGGGCACCCCGGAGGGUCCCAACCAAGAGCCGCCCGUGGCCGAGCCAUUGCAGCAGGUGCAGAAGCAGUUUACAAACCAGGAGAAACUCUUCCUGAUCUCCCGCUCUCAUGCCUUGGAGGUGGAAGAGGAAGUGGAAAACACCGGCGUUUAGUGUGGAAAGCAGCGAGGCGAGGGCUGCCCACUCCAGGCAGCGCGCUGCUAGGUCCCUGUUUCCUUUGUGGACUGAUCCGAGGAAUCCAUUCAAUAUCCAAAGAGCUGCAGAAUGUUAUCCUUGAGUCGUGUUCACAAAUUCCUGUAGAUAACUCCAAGCAAUUUUUUAAAAGACAAAGCAAACUAGUCUUUUUAUGUCCGAUGGUGAUUGUAUGUUCCAUGAAAACCAAAUGUAUUAAAAGGUCAGCAAUCUAGUUAAAAAUCUAGAUUAAAGUCCCUUAAUUUUCUUAGGAUGAAAAUGAUAUAUUUUUUGACGGUAACUGUGCACUUCACGCCAAGUUAUGAUUAUUAUCAUUAUUUUGAUCCUUUAUUUCCCUGACUCCUAGCCUCUGCCGCGGGUUUUGUCCAUAGCUGCUUGUGAAUGACAAGCUUUUUUCUCCCUCCCUUUGCGGAGUGUAAGAGUUUGUCUCAGUUUUCUUAGAAUUGUUCUUACUAAACGAUGUCAAAGCCAAAAGCAUGAGUAAUCUGGAAAGAGCACUGUCCUUGCCCCAGCCCCCUUCUCUCCGCUCAUGCGAAUGUCCAAAGGCCUCCUUAGUUUUAAAAAGGGUGUUUUGCAUUUUGCAACAGGGUAUGCUGUAGCGGCUGAGGGGGCCAGGAGCCAGAUGGACUGUUACUCUCCUAAAUUCACAGUAAACAUCAGGUACACCAUGCUUUAACGAGUAUUAUCACACCUGUAUGGAAAAUAGCAUUAAUAUUUAAAAUCUUUUUUAAUAAAGGAAGUUUCCAAACAAACAG